AUGAAAUUCAAAGAGUGUGUUGAAAGCCAAAAGAUUGAAUAUAAAGGUCAUAUUUGCUUGGAUGUUGAAACAAGGUGGAACUCAACAUAUUUGAUGUUAGAUGCUGCUUUCAAGCAUAAAAUGGAAUUUGUUGAGCUUGAGUUUUAUGAUACAAAAUAUGCUAAUGAGUUGGGAAAGGGGAUUGUAUUGCCUUCUUAUGAAGAUUGGGAGUAUGUUGAGUCUAUUCUACCUUUCUUGAGCAUUUUUUAUGAAGCUACUUUCCGCAUCUCAAGUAACUCUUAUGUUACUAGUAAUAUAUACAUGUUAGAAGUGGUAGGAAUUUGGAAUGGGAUCAAUCAUCUCCUCAAGUCCAAUGCUACAAGUAGUGCUACAUAUAAGAUGGCUGAAAAAAUGAGAAAAAAAUAUGAGAAAUAUUGGGGUGAACCUAACAAGUUCAAUAUAUUGUUGUUAAUUGCUGUUGUCUUAGAUCCUAGAUACAAGAUGAGUUAUAUGAAUUGGGCAAUUGAUCAACUUUUUGAUCCUGAAAAGAGAAAUUAUGGAUGGGUGUUAAAGUCACGGCUCGAUACUUCCUUAAAGUUGUUGUUUGAUGAAUAUAAAAGUCGAAAUAGGGGAGCUGAAAAUGACACACAACAAACACAUGUUGAUGUACCCAAUUAUAAGCAUGAUCCAUAUGGUCGGAAUAACUUUUUGCAAACAACAGGAUUAACCUCUUUAAACAAAUCUAAACUUCAAAAGUAUUUAGAGGAAGAGCUUGGUGAAACAACUUUGAACAUUCUUGAUUGGUGGAAAAUGAAUUCAUGUAGAUUUCCAAUCUUGUCAAACAUAGCACGAGAGCUAUUAGCUAUGCCUGUUUCUACGGUAGCAUCUGAGUCUGCAUUUAGCAUGGGAGGAAGAGUGUUUGAUCCAUAUCGAAGUUCUUUAUCACAACAAAGGGUAGAGACACUUAUUUGUACACAUGAUUGGUUGAAAGACACACAUUCACCAUCAUUGUUAGACUAUGAUUUUGAAGAGCUUCAAUCUGUUGACCAAGAGUUGAUAAAUCACAAGUUAAGUGGAUUGAUGCCAACUUUAGCUGCUUCAUAUAUAGAUGGUUGUGAAGAUAUUGCUAAUGAGUUUGAGUUAAUGAGCCAUGGAAGGGAUUUUGAACUUUGUAAUCGAAUGGGUGCUAGUGCAUUCUAUUUGAAGAGACUCUUAAAAUUGCCAUGA